AUGUUCCGAAAGUCUCUAUUCCAUGACGAGCUAUCUGCAAAUAUGAUCCCGCCUGCCCUGUUGCUUUCGAUGUUUGCGGUUUCUUCCCGGUUUGUCGGCACCAGCUGCUAUACCGAUUCAGGCUGUUCGACUCAGCCGCAGGAAUACUUCGAUGCCGCUUAUAAAAGAUUCCGUCAGGAAAUGGAUCGGAAUCGACCGGUAGAACUAAACGACGUCAAAGCUGCAUGUCUCCUCGCAUUAUACGACUACACAUCAGCGCCCAGCCGUCGAGCAUGGCUACUAGUUCGAGAUGCCAUGAGUCUCGCUUUGGCUGCCCGGCUACACGAGAUCGACAGCCCAGACUCUUUGCAAGAAUUAUCUGAUGCUGAAAGGGAAGAGCGACGAUUCGUGUGGUGGACAAUUUGGAAGUUAGACUCCACGGUCAAUGUCUCAACAGUGACCCCUUUUGGGAUCGACUGUCGGAUGAUAGGAACUGCCUUGGUGUCGACGACUGUUCAAAACUUUACAGCCGAUGCUUUAGGGCCAAUAGUACCGGUGAUUCCAGAAAUGGACCCAGUCAAGUCCUGGAGUUCGAUUGUGGCGCCCAAUCUACAGGAUACUGGAGAUGGGUUCAACACCCAUUUAUAUGCAGUGUCUUUGCUACGGGCAGUCUCCGAAUGCCAACAGCGCCUCAACGCGAAGCUGUGCUCUGAAGAGAUCGCACGAGCAGAUACCUUGAAUCGUAUCCUGUCCUCCCUCCACCUCAUUCUACCAGACUGUUUCUUCAGUCCAACUAAGCGCCUCAUGGAACAAGAACAUGCACAUAGAUUACGGCUUGAGACUAAUAUCAUGCUGAACACGUUCGUUUUCUUCUCUGUUUUUACUCCGUUCAUUUGCUGA